GUCGGGCCAUGGUGGGGCAGAGGUUGGGAAGAUGGCGUGGCGUGGCUGGGCGCAGAGAGGCUGGGGCUGCGGCCCGGCGUGGGCUCAGCCGGCGGGCGGUCGCGGCUGCGAGGAGCUCACUGCGGCCCUGGCCCCCCCGCGACUGCUCGGACGCAGGUUUUACUUUUUUAUUCAGCAAAAAUGUGGAUUCAGAAAAGCACCCAGGAAGGUUGAACCCCGAAGAUCAGACACAGGAACAAGUGGUGAAGCAUACAAAAGAAGUGCUUUGAUUCCUCCUGUAGAAGAAACAGUCUUUUAUCCUUCUCCCUAUCCUAUAAGGACCCUUGUGAAGCCCUUGUUUUUUACUGUUGGGUUUACAGGCUGUGCAUUUGGAUCAGCUGCUAUUUGGCAGUAUGAAUCACUGAAAUCCAGAGUCCAGAGUUAUUUUGAUGGUAUAAAAGCUGAUUGGUUGGAUAGCAUAAGACCACAAAAGGAAGGAGACUUCAGAAAGGAGAUUAACAAGUGGUGGAAUAACCUAAGUGAUGGCCAGCGGACUGUGACAGGUAUCAUAGCAGCAAAUGUUUUUGUAUUCUGUUUAUGGAGAGUACCUUCUCUACAGCGGACAAUGAUCAGAUAUUUCACAUCAAACCCAGCUUCAAAGGUCCUUUGUUCUCCAAUGUUGCUGUCAACAUUCAGUCAUUUCUCAUUGUUUCACAUGGCUGCAAAUAUGUAUGUUUUGUGGAGCUUCUCCUCCAGCAUAGUGAACAUUCUGGGUCAAGAGCAGUUCAUGGCAGUAUACCUAUCUGCAGGUGUGAUUUCCAAUUUUGUCAGUUACGUGUGUAAAGUUGCCACAGGAAGAUAUGGACCAUCACUUGGUGCAUCAGGUGCAAUCAUGACCGUCCUUGCUGCUGUCUGCACAAAGAUCCCAGAAGGGAGGCUUGCCAUUAUCUUCCUUCCAAUGUUCACAUUCACGGCAGGGAAUGCCCUAAAAGCCAUUAUUGCCAUGGAUACAGCAGGAAUGAUCCUGGGCUGGAAAUUUUUUGAUCAUGCAGCACAUCUCGGGGGAGCUCUCUUUGGAAUAUGGUAUAUUACUUAUGGUCAUGAACUCAUUUGGAAGAACAGGGAGCCUCUAGUGAAAAUUUGGCAUGAAAUGAGGACUAACAGCCCCAAAAAAGGAGGCGGCUCUAAGUAGAACUGGGAUCAGAUGAUACUGGUGCAUGUGCCCCGUGCUGCCUGGAGAGUCCCAGGAACUCAUCAGCCCUGGAGUGACCACAUCUUUGCUCCUGCUUGGAAGACACUCAGCAUCUAGUUUUCCCAGUAUUUUAAACUCUGUCUCCAGUACAUGUCUUACCAGAAAGUGAAUUAUGACAAAGUUGUGAAAUAAAGGUUUAUAUCUCUAGUUUGUAAA